GCGAGGUUCUGCGCGGGCGCGGAAGAAGGGCGGCGCGUGGCGGAAGGCAGGCUUGCUCCGCGGGGUGGGGGAGGGUAUCCGGCUUAGCGGGGCUGCGGUGGACACCACUUCUUAAUGUCGGGGGUCUUCGCGGCGCUCACCUCGGCUCCUGGGGUUCAGGACGGUACGCAGCAGCCACCUUCGCGCCGAAGGCAGUAGGGCGCCACGGAGAGGAACCGCUGUAGGCACGUAAGGCCUCGUGAAGUUGCGUCGCACGCGGAGCACUGUGGGACUUGUAGUUCUGGAGAUGGAGCGAGCUGUGCCGCUGGCGGUACCGCUGGGUCAGACAGAGGUGUUCCAGGCCUUGCAGCGGCUCCAUAUGACCAUCUUCUCCCAGAGCGUCUCACCGUGUGGGAAGUUUCUGGCGGCUGGCAACAAUUAUGGGCAGAUUGCCAUCUUCAGCUUGUCCGCUGCUUUGAGCUCCGAAGCCAAAGAGGAAAGUAAGAAGCCGGUGGUGACUUUCCAAGCCCAUGAUGGGCCUGUCUAUAGCAUGGUCUCCACCGAUCGACAUCUGCUUAGUGCUGGGGAUGGGGAGGUGAAGGCCUGGCUUUGGGCGGAGAUGCUCAAGAAGGGGUGUAAGGAGCUGUGGCAUCGUCAGCCUCCAUACAGGACCAGCCUGGAAGUGCCCGAGAUCAAUGCUCUGCUGCUGGUCCCCAAGGAGAACUCCCUCAUCCUGGCUGGGGGAGACUGUCAGUUGCACACUAUGGAUCUUGAAACUGGGACUUUCACGCGGGUCCUCCGGGGCCACACAGACUACAUCCAUUGCCUGGCACUGCGGGAAAGGAGCCCAGAGGUGCUGUCAGGUGGCGAGGACGGAGCUGUUCGACUUUGGGACCUGCGCACAGCCAAGGAGGUCCAGACGAUCGAGGUCUAUAAGCACGAGGAGUGUUCAAGGCCCCACAAUGGGCGCUGGAUCGGAUGCUUGGCAACUGAUUCCGACUGGAUGGUCUGUGGAGGGGGCCCAGCCCUCACCCUCUGGCACCUCCGAUCCUCCACACCUACCACUGUCUUCCCCAUCCGGGCGCCACAGAAGCAUGUCACCUUCUACCAGGACCUAGUGAGUCCCUCUCUCUCACUUCUGCCACCCCCACUGACUCUUCCCUUCAGUUGUGACCCCCGAGCACCUUCCCUGUCCUCUGCAGAUUCUGUCGGCUGGCCAGGGCCGCUGUGUCAACCAGUGGCAGCUGAGCGGGGAGCUGAAGGCCCAGGUGCCUGGCUCCUCCCCAGGGCUGCUCAGCCUCAGCCUCAACCAGCAGCCCGCUGCGCCCGAGUGCAAGGUGGGUCUGGCAGGGGCCAUGGGGUGGCUGGGAGGCAGGGGUGUGGGCAGGCCAGUCAUGCCCCUCUUUCCUCCAGGUCCUGACAGCUGCAGGUAACAGCUGCCGGGUGGAUGUCUUCACCAACCUGGGCUACCGAGCCUUCUCCCUGUCCUUCUGACCUCCGACGACACCCCCAGUCAGCCCAGGGUUUUAGAGUGUUUUUCAUUUUCUUUUUUACAAUAAAGUUUCAGGC